ACCUAGAAAAAGUUUCUUGUCAAUCAAAGCUUCAGGAGAUCUAUCUUUGCCAUAAAAAAUUCUGUUGUUCCUUUCAUUGCAUAUAAUCCGAAGGGAAAAAAAAAGACGAUGUUGAGCCAAAGUGCCUGUUUUGCCUAUUUGAACUGAUGGUCCUUGAACAGGCUGAGCAGCCAAUAUUAUACGUCGAAUGGGAAUAGGAGUGUCAAAAUCAAAUUAAAGGCUGUUUGAAAGUAAACCCAAAUCCUGUUUGAAAAUUGGCUGUGUAUGAAAAGAUGGUCUUGAGUCUCAUAAUCAGAGCUGCAUAAACAGAAGCAAUUUGGGGAGAGACUGAUCCAGUGGUGCUUUAUUUGAAUUAUGUUCAUCAUUUGGAUCCAUUUUAGGUUGAUUUCCUAUAAAAAUAAUUAAUCGUCUUUGGAUAGAACCUUUCCCGAAUCAGCUUGUAUAGACUGGAGGAUUGCACUCUGACAUAGUUGAUAGGCCAAUGAUUUGUUACCCAAUUCCCAGUGGACGUAUUUACAACUUAUAAUGAUUUCCCUUAAUCUUGAUUUAGCAAAAUUGUACAGAUUUUUCUUCAUGACAAGAAAUGAUUUGUUUCCCAGUGGAACGCAGUAGGUGUCUGAUUGAGAGAGAGGGCUGAGAUUGUAGUUUGUUGCUAUUGAUGGAGAGAUCAAGUUACUUGUUUAUGAAUAUGAGAAGCUUUGGAGCUUGGAAACCUGAGUUUAUGGCCUCAGUGCUCGAGUUAUCGUUAUUUCACCUGAAGUUUGUUCAAUCAACUGAACUUCACUUUACACAAAUCAGCACGGGGCCACAAAGAAUCUGUAGAAUAGUGACAAAUCCCAUAAAAUCACUUUGGUGCUGCUACCACCAGCACCAAUCUUUUAAACUAUUCUUUGGAUCCGAAAGAGUAACCUGAACCUCUUUCUGUCAUCUCUUGCCACUAUAUUCUGAAUCUAGGUAGCUUCUCUGGCCUGUGUAUUUCUUCACUUAGUUUGGUUGGGCUGAAAUGUUCAUUGUAAAUAAAAAUUGUGAGAAAUUAACGAGGCCUGACCUUAAUUAUUGAAAGGCAAGAAUUGUCUGACUGAAUACUACUUGCUUUUCAUUUUAUGGAUGGAGUUGGACUCUCUGCUUCUGGAUGCUGUUAUCUACUCAUGGUUAGUUGGGACUUCUUUGCUUAGAAGCUCAAUUUUCUCCAUAAAUGGCAUUGGUUGUGAUCUGUGGCCAGCCAUGCAGUGGGAAGUCCACUGCGGCACUCUGCUUAGCUGAAGUUCUCAAGGAAUCAAAUGUAAAACAAGCCGUUAGGAUAAUUGAUGAAACUUCCCUUCAUUUGGAUCGGAAUCAGAGCUAUGCCAAUAUGCCUGCUGAAAAGAAUCUAAGAGGAGUUCUGAGAUCUGAAGUUGACAGAUCUGUAUCUAAAGAUAGCAUUGUCAUUGUAGACUCCUUGAACAGUAUAAAGGGUUAUCGAUAUGAACUGUGGUGUUUGGCCCGGGGAACAGGAAUCAGGUACUGUGUGCUGUACUGUGACGUGGAAGAAACCAAUUGUAGGAAGUGGAACGAAGUGCGGCGAGAGAAAGGAGAAGCAAACUAUGAUGAUAAAAUAUUUGAAGAUCUGGUCAGAAGGUUCGAGAGACCAGAUAGUAGAAAUAGAUGGGACUCGCCAUUGUUCGCGUUAUUCCCACAUAAAGAUGGAAUAGAGAAAUCAUCUCAGGUCAUUCUAGAUGCUGUAUCAUACCUGACUAAAACAGUGGACUCGAAGUCUCGAGAUGUGAAAAUUUUACAGCCAACAAUUGCUACUCAGAACUCCCGAUUUUCGGAGGCGAAUUCUCUAUAUGAGUUGGACAAAGCAACGCAAGAGGUGGUUAAUGCUAUUGUAGAAGCACAAGCCCUGGGAGGGCCUCUGAAUAGUAUCCCUCUGGGUCAGGAAUUGCCAACGAUCAACAUUUCAAGGUCGGUUGGACUACCAGAGCUUCGGAGACUACGGAGAACUUUCAUUAAACUAACAGGGCAAACUAGUUUAAGCGGACCACCGCCACCUUCUGAUGCGGAGAGCGCCAAGAGGAUGUUUAUUGACUACCUGAAUAGGGAACUGGGGACUGCUUGAAACUAAGAUUAACCUGAAUGAUAAGCUGUAUACUUGUAGCAUAUGAACUACCAAAUUUCCCAAAGCAAGAGGUAACAUGGAUGUCACUCUUCCUUUUUUUAACAGCUUUGGCAUCAAUUAUUUAAGCUUUGUUAUCAAUGUUUUACUCUUAAUAGUAAUAACAUCACCGAUCACGCUAUUACAAAACCAUACUUGUAUUUCUCAAGGGUCGUAAAUAAAUCCGAAGAGCGCAUCGGGGUUAUUUGUGGCU